GGCAUGUCGCGGGCAGCUCUUCCUGCUCUAGGCCCCCUGAGAGGCGAGGCGCCUUGAAGCCCGUCUGCGAGUUUCCAAGAUGUCGGCGCCGCUGGCGGUAAUUUCAGCUGCCAGUUUAUGGGGACCCUACAAAGACAUUUGGCAGGCAGUAGUUAAUGCCAUUUGGAAAAGGCAGCCUGAAGCAAUACAUCUUCUUGACCAGGUUUUAAAGAAACAUAAGCCUGAUUUUAUAUCACUCUUCAGAAAUCCGCCAAAGAAUGCCCAGCAGCAUCAGAAGGUUCAAAAAGCAAAUACAGAAGGAAUUGCUAUCCAGGGACAACAGGGAACCAGGUUGUUACCAGAGCCGCUCAUCAAAGAGGCCUUUAUUCUGAGUGAUCUUUUUGAUAUUGGAGAAUUGGCAGCUGUUGAACUUCUGUUGGCUGGAGAGCACCAGCUGCCUCGUUUCCCUGGGCUAACUAGGGGUUUAGUAGCAGUCCUCUUAUACUGGGAUGGAAAGCGAUGGAUUGCAAAUUCAUUGCGGACACUUAUCCAGUCUCGGCAAGGCAAGACAUGGACAUUGGAGCUCAGUCCUGAAUUGGUGUCCAUAACAACACGCUUUACUGAUGAGCUGAUGGAACAAGGUUUAACUCAGAAAAUUCUGACUUUAGUGUCUCAAAUUGAUUUAAAUGUUGAAUUUGAAAAACUACAGAAAGAACGAGGGCUAGGCACUGAGAAACAUCGGAAAGAGGUUGCUGAUCUUAUCAAGGAGUGUCGACAGUCAUUAGCCGAGAGCUUAUUUGUUUGGACUUGCCAGUCACCACUGAGCCGGGAUGAUACUUUAAUCCUUAUUAGUUUCUUAGAGAAAGUAACUCUGGAAGCUGAUGGCUCAUUGGACAGAGUCAACAUAGCACUUCUUAUGGCUCUUCUCUAUUGCUUUGACAUCAGCUUUCUAGAACAAGGCUCUGAAAAUCGUGAAGAGCUGAUGCAGCAGUUGCCACUUUUAACAGAGAGACAGUAUAUAGCUGCAAUCCACACACGUCUUCAAGAAUCUCGCCCCUGGAAACUCCCAGGACUUCAAGCUACUAUUAGAUUAGCCUGGGCGCUGGCCUUGCGUGGGAUUUCACAAUUUUCUGAUGUGACAGCACUGGCAGAAUUCACCGAGGCCGAUGAAGCCAUGGCAGAGUUAGCAAUUGCAGAUAAUGUUUUCCUGUUCCUUACGGAAUCUGUGGUGAGAGCAGAGAACUUCUACCAAGACGAAUUUUAUAUACGUAGAAUUCAUAGCCUAGUCACGGACUUUCUCACGCUCAUGCCAAUGAAAGUGAAACAGCUGAGAAAUCGUGCUGAUGAAGAUGCUCGUAUGAUUCACAUGAGCAUACAGAUGGGUAAUGAGCCACCUCUUUCCCUUAGACGUGAUCUAGAGCACCUGAUGCUUUUAAUUGCUGAAUUGUACAGUGAGGAUCCUUUUAAUCUGGAACUUGCUCUUGAGUAUUGGUGUCCUUCAGAGCCUCUGCAAAGCACCACCAUUAUAGGAUCAUAUCUUGGGAUCACACACCAAAGACCACCUCAGCGUCAGGUUGUUUUAUCUAAAUUUGUUAGACAAAUGGGAGAUCUCCUUCCACCGACGAUUUAUAUCCCUUACCUGAAAAUGCUCCAGGGAUUGGCCAACGGGCCUCAGUGUUCUCAUUACUGCUUUACUUUGCUAAAGGGCAACGGCGGCAGUCAUGCUGAAAAUAUCCAAGGAGCAGGUGGCAGUCCUGUUUCCUGGGAACAUUUCUUCCACUCUUUAAUGUUGUACCAUGAACAAUUACGGAAAGACUUACCAAGUGCUGAUAGCAUUCAGUAUCGCCACCUUCCUCCCAGAGGCAUCACCCAGAAGGAACAAGAUGGACUGAUUGCCUUUCUGCAGCUUACCAAAACUAUAGUGAAAUGGAGUGAAAAUGCUCGCUUGGCUCUUUGUGAACAUCCUCAGUGGACACCAGUAGUUAUCAUUUUGGGACUUCUGCAAUGUAGUAUCCCCCCCAUUUUGAAAGCAGAGUUAUUAGAGACUCUUUCAGCCUUUGGGAAAUCUCCAGAAAUUGCAGCUUCGUUAUGGCAAUCGUUGGAAUACACACAGAUACUACAAACUGUCAGAACUCCAGGCCAAAGACAAGCUAUUGGCAUUGAGGUUGAAUUGAAUGAAAUUGAAUCCCGCUGUGAGGAGUACCCUUUAACUCGUGCCUUUUGCCAGCUCAUUGGCACACUGGUUGAGAGUUCAUUCCCUUCCAACCUGGGUGCUGGACUGCGUCCCCCAGGCUUUGACCCCUACCUGCAGUUUCUGAGAGAUUCAGUGUUUCUUCGGUUUCGAACAAGGGCCUAUCGGAGAGCUGCUGAAAAGUGGGAAGUGGCAGAAGCAGUUUUGGAAGUGUUUUACAAAUUGCUGAGAGACUAUGAACCUCAGCUUGAAGAUUUUGUGGACCAAUAUGUGGAGCUGAAAGGAGAAGAAAUCAUAGCCUAUAAACCACCUGGGUUUAACCUGAUGUAUCAUCUUUUGAAUGAGUCACCAAUGUUGGAACUGUCUCUUAGCUUGCUAGAAGAAGGAGUUAAACAGUUGGAUCUCUAUGCUCCUUUUCCUGGAAAGAAGCAUUUAGAAAAGGCAGUUCAGUAUUGCCUUGGGUUGCUCAACUUGACCCUACAGAAAGAGAACCUUUUCAUGGACUUGUUAAGGGAAAGCUAUCUCUCCCUGAUCGUUACAUCCCUAGAACAACUGCUGCAAGGAAUCAAUCCUCGGACUAAAAAAGCAGACCAUGUGGUGAAUAUUGCCAGGUAUCUUUAUCAUGGAAAUACCAACCCUGAGUUGGCAUUUGAAAGUUCCAAAAUCCUGUGCUGUAUUUCUUGCAAUUCUAACAUUCAAGUCAAACUGAUUGGAGAUUUCACACAAGAUCAGAAUAUCAGCCAGAAAUUAAUGGCUGGGUUUGUGGAGUGUUUGGACAAUGAAACUGCAGAAGAAAUAAUUAAUCCUGAUGAAGAACUUGAAGGUGAAAGGAAACAGGCCCCAAUCUACCAUGAAACAAGGAUUAACAUUUUGAAUCUUCUCAUUACCUCUCUGGAGUGCAGUCCACCAAAUCUUGCUCUUUAUCUCCUGGGUUAUGAAUUUAAGAAGCCUGUCAGCACAACAAACUUGCAGGAUCCAGGUGUUUUGGGUUGUCCUCGUACUUGUCUUCAUGCUAUUUUGAACAUCCUGGAAAAUGGUACUAAAACAAGGUCUGGUCCCACAGCAGUUCAAGAAUCUCCUCAUCUAGCAGAGUUGUGUUAUCAGGUGAUCUAUCAGCUGUGUGCCUGCUCAGAUACUUCAGGUCCAACAAUGAGAUACUUGCGCACCAGCCAAGAUUUCUUAUUCUCUCAGUUGCAGCACUUACCAUUUUCUAUAAAAGACCACGAGAUUCCAGUCUUAAACCAGAUGUCAUGGCUCAUGAAGACUGCAUCUAUAGAAUUGCGGGUUACAUCACUGAACCGCCAGCGUUCUCAUACACAGAGACUCUUGCACCUCCUUCUGGAUGAUGUGCCAGUCAAAUCUUAUUUAGCUGAUGGUGAAGGAGGGACAGAAGAUGAAAGUCGGUCAGUUACUGGAUUUCUUCAUUUUGAGACUGCUUCCAAAGUACGCAGGAAGAUACUAAGCAUCCUUGAUUCAAUUGACUUCAACCAACAGAUUCCAGAACCUUUGCAGCUGGAUUUUUUUGACCGUUCCCAAAUUGAGCAAGUCAUUUCCAAUUGUGAGAGCAGAGGCACACAUGGGCCAGUUAUCUGCAAUGUCAAGCAUCUUCACAAAGUUCUUAUUGCUGAAGUUAAUGCCCUGCAAGGAAUGGCAGCCCUUGGACAGAGGCCACUACUUAUGGAGGAAAUCAGCACAAUUCUCCAGUAUGUCGUGGAACGAAAUAAACUUAUUCAGUGUCUGUACGCAAAGCGACAUGCCCUAGAAUCUUGGAGGCAGCUGGUGGAAAUCAUAUUAACUGCCUGCCCACAGGAUCUCAUACAGCCUGAAGACAGGCAGCUUAUUAUCCGUGAUCUCUUACAAGAUUUGCAUGACAAGAUCCUGGAUGAUGAUGCAGCUCAGGAAUUGAUGCCUGUUGUGGCAGGAGCCGUGUUCACCCUGACAGCUCACUUAAGUCAAUCCGUGCGAACAGAGCAAAAGGAGCCCUUGGCUGUCCCUGUCCCUGGACACUCCCAAUUUGCUUUGAUGCUGGAUGGUUCUUUCACGAUACCACCUGAUUCUGAAGGCAUGGCGGUGGGAUUUGCCUCUCUAGGAGACUCUUCUCUUCAUAUCAUAUUGAGAAAAAUUCUGGAUUUUGUCCUGAAAACAGGUGGUGGCUUCCAACGAGUAAGAACACACCUGUAUGGGGCACUGCUGUAUUAUUUACAGAUUGCUCAGAGACCAGAUGAACCAGACACUCUGGAAGCAGCCAAGAAGACCAUGUGGGAGCGUUUAACAGCUCCUGAAGAUGCUUUCAGUAAAUUGCAACGAGAAAACAUGGCGAUUAUUGAAAGCUAUGGCUCUGCCCUUAUGGAGGUGGUUUGCCGAGAUGCCUGCGAUGGUCAUGAGAUAGGACGAAUGCUAGCUCUAGCCUUACUUGAUCGCAUCAUCUCUGUAGAUAAGCAGCAACAAUGGUUGCUGUAUCUAUCAAACAGUGGCUAUCUAAAGGUGCUUGUAGAAAGCCUAGCGGAUGAUGACCUCAAGCUGCAAAGUUUGCUUACUCCCCAGCCUCCUCUACUUAAAGCACUGUAUACCUAUGAGUCAAAAAUGGCUUUUUUGACAAAAGUGGCAAAAAUACAGCAAGGAGCACGGGAGCUACUGCGAUCUGGAGUGAUUGUGACACUUGCACAAUGCCAUGUAUAUGACAUGCGACCUGAAAUAGAUCAGCAUGGAAUAUUUGGAAUGCGAGAGCCCCCUGUCUUCAUUCCCACCCCUGUAGAACGCUAUCGCCAGAUUCUUCUGCCCGCUCUCCAGCUAUGCCAGGUCAUCCUCACUUCCAGUAUGGCACAGCAUGCAAACGCUGCAGGACAGGUUUUGCAGUUUCUAAUCUCCCAUUCAGAUACUAUUCAAGCUAUCUUGCGGUGUCAGGAAGUCAGUGCUGGAUCCCUGCAAGAGCUGGCCUUACUGACAGGGAUAAUCAGCAAAGCUGCUCUGCCUGGUGUACUAGGUGACGUUGGCCUUGAUAUAAAUGAAGGAAUGCAAAUCGAACUGCAAGGACAUAUAGGCCGAUUUCAGCGCCAGUGCUUGAGCCUUCUAACACGGUUUGGUGGUUCAGACAGACUGCGUCAGUUUAAGUUGCAAGAUGAACAUGCAGAGGGAGAGCGAGUAAACAAGAGGGAUGAAGCUGAACUGGCCAUGCAGCAGAUCUGUGCCAAUGUGAUGGAAUACUGCCAGUUGCUCAUGAUACAGUGCGCCCCCACUUUUGAGCACACCGUUUGCCUCUUUACUCCAAACCUUUCUGAAUUCACUAACAGAGAUGGACCUCGGCAAGAUACACAGGCACCUGUGAUCCCCUAUUGGCAUUUGCCUGGUCUGGGCAUCAUCCUUUAUUUGUUAAAGCAGAGUGCAAAUGAUUUCUUCAGUUACUAUGAUAGCCAUCGCCAGAGCGUCAGCAAAUUGCAGAAUGUGGAGCAGCUACCACCAGAUGAGAUAAAAGAGCUGUGCCAGUCACUUACUCUAACAGUAGACAAGAUCUCUACUGGCCAAAAAUAUAUCUUGGCAAGGCGACGCUUGGUGAAGCUGAUUAACAAUCGAGCCAAAUUGCUUUCUCUCUGUUGCUAUAUCAUUGAAAUUUGCCUGUUUAUUCUUUGGCGACACCUUGAACACUAUUUAUUGCAUUGCACUCCUGCAGAUUCCCAAGAUUCUCUUUUGGCUUCCAGGACUCCACUGAAAAGUAGAAGAUUGCAAGAUUCCUUAAGUGCACAGCCUAACUUCGAUUUUAGAAGUGGAUUGAGCAGAGUGAGCCAACUUGAUAUAGAUCAGCUUCAGCUUGAGGCCACCAACAGUUUUGGGGAAUCAUUGCAGAAAAAACUCCUUGACAUUGAAACUUUAUACUCCAAGGUUCGGUCACGCUACACUUUUAUCCAAGCGCUGGUUAGACGGAUCCGUGGUCUGUUGAGGAUAUCAAGGACCUGAAGACUACUGUUUGUACCUUGCUGAAUUUUUUGUACGAUUGAAUUUUCUAAAUUAUGAUCAAAAUAAUUUUGCUACUUUUUUCAUUACAACAAUGAAACAAUCUUGUGUAUUCUUCCUUUUUCCUAUAUAUACCAAGGAAGAGAACAAUUAAAAAAAAUAAACAUGCAUUUUUGUGUACAAGAACAAA